UUUUUUACCAAUCCCAGCUAUUUGGCCAAAAGUUGAUCCUGGGGAAAAAAGCUAUUCAUUUCUCGUCAUCUGCUAAAGCAAGAGAGAGGGACAGAGGCUGCGAAAUUAUGCUUUGCACUGUGUCUCUUCUUUUACUCUUCCUAUUAAACCAUCAAGACCCAGUUGCUGCUGAUCCUGCUGCCUCAGAGCAAGAUGACUGGUGUGAUAACCCCAGCAGCACCCACAAGCGCUUGGAUGCUAUCCAAGAGCAAUUGGAAAAAACAGUUGAGCACUUGGACUCCGAAGUCAAGUCACUACUCAACGAUGUCAGUGAAACUGCCUGGACGAAGCCGCUUGCUCCUGGGACCCCUCUGAUAGAUCUCUUCGGAGAUCCUAGUUGAGCUUCCAGACGACAGCCUGAAAAUCCAGAUUCUGAACUUUCCAUCACCAGAGCCAGCCUUCAAGUUGCCUUUUGCAUCAACCUUGAAACCAAAGUGGUCUUAUAAAGUGCUGAGUAAACAUUUGUCAUGUCAGUACAAAAUCUGUCCCUAGGUAUAGUAGCACCGGCUAAUGUUUUUUAGUAGACGAAACAGAGUAGGGCUUGCUUAGUCCUUGAACAGGAGACCAAUAAAACUAGAUUGGGAAGUUGAAAAUAAAAUUUAAAAAAUUCCCAA